CAAUUAUUAGAGUGCAAUGCUCACGCACGCUAGACAACGCUCCUUCUCUGAUCGCAUGCACUGAAUAAUGUAGGUGUCUGUUCUCUGCUGGAUACUGAAACACACAGCAAGCAGGCUGUAGCCCAGUAUCUACACUACGCAGGCAUCACACUGUAGGUAACCUGCUGCUGCCACAACAAACCGUCGCCCGGUGUAUUUAAAACGAGGCAUGCGCAAAUAUGCAAUUGUGGAGACGAGUGAAAUGACUAUAUAGCACGGUUCCCCAACUGGCGUCCCGCUGCUGAAUCUAGUUGAUGAUCCCUGCUGUAUAGCCUUCAGUCCUGCUGAUUUGAAUAGUAUCAAGCCCGUGAUCAGAGCAACAGACGGCUCUCUGGGGAUCUCAUUUUCAUCCUCUUCAGUCCUCCAUGUGAGACAAGCAGGAUGGGCUGUUCCACGAGUACCCAGACUACAGCGCAGGACACCACCAGACAGCCCAGCUCUAAACCCGAGGAAAGCAAUGGAACCAGCACUACAGGGGCGGCUAAUGAGAACAGUAAGGUUGCGGAGGACAGUGAGACCAUCCCAGAUCASACAGUGACCGUAGCAGCCACAGGAGGGGAGGCCCAGUCUGCUCCGGCUGCAGCCCAAGCCGAGGCUCCUGCAGACACCACAGACCCAGCCCCUGCAGCGGAGGCCCCGGCCCAGAGUGAGACCCAGCCUGCAGCCGAUGCUCCUGCAGCAGCCACUUCCCCCGAGCAGCCAGCCAGCUCUCCAGAGCCUCCCCCUGCAGCCCAGGACCCAGCUGAGGCCGCAGCAGAGGCCGAUACCACUGCAACCAGCCCCUAGUCAGGGAAAUGAAGCGGGUCUUCCCAUUGUUGUGGAUGAAGAAUCUGCAUGAAUGUCCUAAUUUGAAAGCGAGAGAGGAUGACAAUAUAUACACACCACUUGCCUGUUGCCAAGCUGCAGACCAGCUGAUCUCUGUGACCAGGAUCAAUGGGUCAUCACUGUGCCUUUUUCCUCUGUAAAUACUCUAUUUUCUGUGCAUUUAGUUGUAUUAUUAGCAUUGUUUAUAAAACAUUCAUUAGAUAAUUGCUUCAAAGUAACUUAUAAAUGCUUAUUAACUUUUGCUUGAAUCUAAAAUCUACAUUUCUGGUGAGUUCGUAUUACAGCCUUGUAACGAUGUGGGAUGAAGUAUGUGGGAAAUCAAGUAUGUGGGAAAUCAAGUAUGAGGGGAAUCAAGUAUGAGGGAAAUCAAGUAUGUGGGAAAUCAAGUAUGAGGGAAAUCAAGUAUGAGGGAAAUCAAGUAUGUGGGAUUAAGCAACCAACACUAAUUUGUCAGAAUUAUUCAUUCAGGAACAACUUGAAUCCAUUUACUCACACAUAUUUGAGAAAUGAAGCCAACAACUAUUAGACAUUUAAAUGAUGUUGUUUUUACAGCUGGCUUGGACUGUACAACCAUAUUAUGACCAUGUUACAACCAUGUUAUAAGGGUAUAUAAUAUGACCAUGUUGGUCAUGUUAUAACGGUUUGAAUAAAACAGUUACUGAACUCAA